AUGGAUCAGGGGCAGUUUGGUUUUGCUAUUGAUCGUGGUGGAACUUUUACCGACAUUUAUGUAAAAUGUCCGGAUGGCACAAGUAGGACACUGAAAAUACUGUCUGAGAAUCCGUCCAUGUACAACGAUGCACCUACCGAAGCCAUCAGAAGAGUUCUUGAAAAAGAACUUAGUAUUAGCAUUCCAAAGGGGUCUCCGAUUCCAACUGAUAGAAUUGCUUGGAUCCGACUUGGUACUACGGUUGCAACAAAUGCACUUCUUGAAAGAAAAGGCGAGAGAGUGGCAUUUUUUAUCACGAAAGGUUUUAAGGACCUCUUGUAUAUUGGGAAUCAGUCUCGGCCAGAAAUUUUUGAACUCGAUAUUCGUGUUCCAGAGAUGCUUUAUGAAGAAGUAAUUGAAGUUAAUGAGCGAGUUGUCUUGGAAGAUAGGACUUGUAUAAUGGGUGUCAAGGGAAAACGAGAGCAUACAAAAAAUGAAGAGCAGGUUAUAAUUGAAAAGCCAAUAAAUGAGGAAGAAGUCUGUCAGCAGUUGGAUUAUGUCUACAGCAAAGGAAUACGGUCAAUUGCGGUCGUUCUUCUCCAUUCAUAUAUAUAUCCUCGGCAUGAAGAAAUUAUUGGCGAAUUGGCUCGUAAAUGCGGCUUUACUAAUGUUUCCCUAUCCAGUUCGGUUAUGCCAAUGAUGAAAAUUGUACCUCGUGGUUUUACAGCUUGUGCAGAUGCGUAUUUAACGCCAAUAAUUCGUGAUUAUAUUGAGGCUUUUCGAUCUGGUUUUUCUAAAUCGCUGGAGGAUGUCAGUGUUGAAUCAAUGCAGAGUGAUGGCGGUUUGUGUCUUGUGAAAAAGCAAGUAUCAAUGUCUGAAAUUCACAAAUUAAUCACUUUUUGCGGUUCAAGGGCUAUACUUUCCGGACCUGCUGCGGGUGUGGUUGGCGUAUCCCUGACAGCUUACGAUCCUGUUGCAAAAAUUCCAGUGAUUGGUUUUGAUAUGGGUGGCACAUCAACAGAUGUCAGCAGGUAUGCCGGAGAAUUCGCCCACGUAAUGGAAACUACAACAAAUGGAAUUACUAUACAAGCUCCUCAGGCUUUUGCAGCUGGUGGUGGGUCACGGUUGUUCUUCCGUUCUGGUCUUUUCGUUGUAGGCCCAGAAUCUGCAGGUGCGUCGCCUGGCCCCAUAUGCUAUAGAAAUAAUGGUUAUAUUGCAUUAACAGAUGCAAAUCUUGUGCUCGGUAGAAUACUGCCAGAAAAGUAUUUUAGGAAUGCAUCUGUUGCUGCUAUGCAACAGUUGACUAAUGAGAUAAAUGAGUACUGCAAAACAAGUGCUGGUGGCACUCGACAUCCUAUGACUGUUGAAGAAGUCGCUCUGGGAUUUGUGGAUGUUGCUAAUGAAUCAAUGUGCCGUCCUAUAAGAGCUUUAACUCAGGAAAAAGGUUUUGAUACCUCACAACAUCUACUAGCCUGUUUUGGAGGAGCUGGUGGUCAGCAUGCUUGUUCGAUUGCAAAAUCGCUUGGUUUAAAAAGUGUUUUAAUACAUCGGUACUCCGGUGUUUUGUCGGCUUAUGGGCUUGCUUUGGCUGAUGUCGUUCAUGAGGAACAGGAACCGGUUAGGAAAACUUUUUCUUCUGAGAACUUUAAAUAUUUUCGUCGUCGAAUAGAAGCUUUGCGUAGCAGAUGUGCUAUUGCUCUUGAGAAAAUGGGGAUUAGAGGCGAAAAAAGUUUUCAAAAUUUUCUCCACAUGCGUUACGAUCGGACUGAUUGUGCUCUUAUGUGCUCUUAUGCCAUUACUGAUAACAACAAUAUUGAACCUUAUCAGAAAGUUUUCGAAAACUUGUAUUUCAAGGAGUUUGGAUUUAUACUUCCAGACAGAAAUAUUAUUGUGGAUGAUAUUCGAAUACGAGGGACAGUAAAACGCUGCAUGAUCGAAACACAGAAACCCGAGCCAGCAGAAUCCGAAAGACCGACUCAUACGAGUGUUGUUCAAUGUUAUUUUAAGGAAGGUCGGAUGCAAACAAAUGUGUAUCUGCUAAAUGAUUUACGGCCUGGUCACAUUAUUGAUGGUCCAGCUAUUAUAAUAGAUGUGAACAGCACCAUACUCGUUGAACCUUACUGUCAAGCGUCUAUUAAUGAGAACGGGAAUAUCGUGAUUGAAGUAAGGGCUCAAGAUUAUAAGAAUAUAGGCGUGCUAUUCGAUCCGGUUCACUUAUCAAUCUUUAGUCAUCGAUUUAUGUCAAUUGCGGAACAGAUGGGUCGUGUUUUAAAAAGAACAGCAAUAUCAACCAAUAUCAAGGAAAGGCUUGAUUUUUCUUGCGCAUUAUUUGGUCCUGAUGGACACCUAAUUGCAAAUGCUCCACAUAUUCCUGUUCAUUUAGGUGGAAUGCAGGCGACAGUGCGGUUUCAGAUUGAUAACGUUGGGCUGCAGAAUCUUCAUGAUGGUGAUGUUAUACUCUGCAACCAUCCCAAAGCUGGUGGCUCCCACUUACCAGAUUUAACAAUCAUUACACCUGUCUACUAUCGGGGCUCUAAAUCUCCUGUCUUUUUUGUUGCUAACAGAGGUCACCACGCUGAUAUUGGUGGACUUGUUCCAGGAUCUAUGCCGCCACACUCCACCAGUUUGUCUCAGGAAGGAGCGAGUUUUGUAAGCUUUAAAAUAGUGGAACGUGGCUGUUUCCAGGAAGAAGAACUGAUAAAAAUACUAAGCACGCCGUCUGAUGUACCAGGUAGUAGCGGAACGCGUAAUCUUAGUGAUAACCUUUCUGACCUGAGAGCUCAAAUAGCUGCUAACAAAAAGGGUAUUUCAUUAGUGUGUGAUCUUAUUGACUGUUACGGAUUGGAAGUAGUUCAAGCUUUUAUGAAACAUAUUGAAAAGAAUGCUGAAAUUGCAGUCCGGCAAUUAUUGAAAAGUACUGCGAUAGAACAAGAAAGAAUUACAGGUAGUACGGUUCUAAAAGGCGAGGACUUUAUGGAUGAUGGAACACCAAUUUGUCUUACAAUCUCAAUUGACGAAAAGACAGGUGAUGCGGUAUUUGACUUUGAAGGUACAGGGCCUGAAGUAUUCUCUAACUGUAAUGCUCCUCCUUCUGUAACUAUGGCUGCCAUUAUUUAUUGUCUAAGAUGUCUUGUUAAACGCGACAUGCCACUGAACCAAGGGUGUCUAGCCCCCGUUACUGUGAAAGUACCUCCUGGUACUAUUUUGAGCCCAAGUGAUGAUGCUGCUGUUGUUGGUGGUAACGUUUUAACUUCACAGCGCAUAUGCGAUGUUAUAUUUAAGGCAUUUAAGGCAGCUGCCGCUUCUCAAGGCUGUAUGAAUAAUGUAACGUUUGGGGAUGGCAAAAUGGGAGGUUAUUACGAAACAGUGGCAGGUGGAGCUGGAGCUGGGCCUUCUUAUCACGGCCGAUCAGCUGUGCAUACUCACAUGACGAACACCCGCAUAACGGAUCCAGAAGUUUUAGAAGCAAGAUAUCCUGUGAUUCUCAGACGCUUUGCAAUACGUAAAGGAUCAGGUGGCGAUGGUAAAUACAGAGGUGGAGACGGAUGUGUUCGUUGCUUACAGUUUAGGAGAAAUUUGCAGUUGUCUAUAUUAAGCGAAAGAAGGACUUUUGAGCCGUACGGGUUAGAUGGUGGUAAACCGGGUAAACGUGGACUCAAUAUACUCCAGAAGUUCAACGGUCGUCGGGUGAAUAUUGGUGGGAAAACAUGCUUAGACGUUGAUGCUGGUGAUAUCUUGGAAAUUUUCACUCCUGGAGGCGGAGGAUACGGUGAUCCAAAGCAUGAUAAAGCAAAAAUCAUAGAGCCGCCAGAUGAUACGCGAACAUAG